AAAUCCCCAAAUCUUUCAUUCGUUCACUCGUUAGAAACCCUAGAAAUUCAUAUGGUGAGUCGGUAAUCAAAAUCAAGAUGUUAGACAACGUGCCUUUCGAGAUUCAAGAGGAAAUCAUUAAACAUCUUCCGGUGAAAUCACUGAUCCGAUUCCGAUCAGUCUCCAAAUCAUGGAAAUCUCUCGUCGAUAGCUCCGAUUUUAUCACUCAUUACAGGUCCCAACAGCAACAUCUACUUGUAUAUAUUCGUCGGUAUGGUUCCGAGCCAAAAUACGUUUCAAUCGUUGAUGAUAAUACUUUCCCUGAACAGAGAGUCUCCCCGACUCUUCCUCUGUUCGUUAAGAUGCUUAACCCUUGUAGGACAAUAGGCAGUUCUCAUGGCUUGUUGUGUUUGUAUGACUACGGAGAACUUGUUAUUUGGAAUCCUUUGAUUACGAAAGCUGUUCCUGUUGUUGUGCCUAAUUUUGUAGAUGAUAAGAUGUUUAAAACCGAGUUCGGGUUUGGAGUUUGUCGUGAGACGAGUGACCCUAAGAUUGUCAAGAUUAGAUAUAUUUAUAGGUUUACGGAUAUGGAAAGUGUGACUAGCAUCCCUUGGCAAGUUGAGGUUUAUACGUUAAGCACGGGGGUGUGGAGAAGUCCGAAUAGCAAUGUCCCUCGUAAACCGAUUGUUUUUGGAGUUCAAAAAGGUGGGGUUUGUGUAGACGGGGUUUAUUACUGGCUUGCUACUGAUAAGAGUAUCGUAGAUGAUGAAAUUGUAGAUGAUGAAAUUGAAGCUUAUAAUAUGAUUAUUUCAUUUGAUAUGACAAGCGAAGAAUUUAGAGAAGUAAACCUCCCGGAUAGUUUUGUAUAUGACGGGCCUAUGUGGAACUUGUACAUAUAUAAUCUAAGGGAGUCUCUUGUUUUGGUUGAACGCGGUACCGAGGAGGACUAUACUCCAGUUUACAAAGUUUGGAUGAUGGAGGAUGGUGUACGAAAAUCGUUUACAAAAUUAUACACUAUUCACGCGCCAUAUGCAAGAAUAAUAGGCGUACGUGAAUUUAAGAAGAGUGGUGAACUUGUAAUGGAAGUUAGAGAAGAUGGCCGGAAUGCAAUAUCCCUUGUUGUUUAUGAACCUAACUUAAAACACAUUAGUAACUUGGGGAUAUCGCGUGGGACUGGUGAUAUUUAUGUGCAUUCCUACAUGGAAACGUUACUCCUGCUUGAUCAACCGUUGUCAACGAUUUUUGACAAGGUAUACGCUAUGUUGCAAAAUUCAUAUGAAGAGCUAAGAGCAGAUGGAUUUUGAGUCAUACAAGCAAGCAGUGAUCAAGCUUGAUGGCAAAUGGAGUCUAGUAGUCAAAAUGGUGUUGGUGUAAAUAAUUAUGCAGAUGAAGUGUUUAAACAAUCUACAUUUACAAAACCUGUAAUGAAUGAUGGAUACAAUGGGAAAAGAUUUGAAAGUUUGGCCAAGUCAGAUAGGAUAUGUGGUCCAAAGAUUAUGGUUGGUAUAUUGGAUGGAUAGAAAUGGUAAAUCAAAGAUUAUUGGUCUUCAUAUCAAGAACUUUAAACUUAGUCAUUUGGGAACUUACAAUUUUGAGACCUCAUUUCGAGAUAAUUAUGUUUGCGAUUAUUAUGUCAAUGUAUUUUCGGAUAGUUAUGUCAGAUACUUUGUUUUUUUUUAAUUUUGGGUGAUUCUGUCCAAUGUUUAGGAUUGAAAAUGUUAUUUUUAUUCUCAAAUUAACAUAUG